CAUUCAAUGCCGCACCUCUUUGCCACACCCUCCACCCUUCCAGGAACAAGGCAGCUGCUUACGGCGUCCCAAAAAGCUUGAAGCGACGCAAACGAGCUUUUGAUUGGUGUGCAGCUCGUCUCGGGUCUGAUGCGAGAGUAGGCCCGACAGCCAACAUGCCGAUCCUCAUCCGAGUACGGUCCAAAGAUGGACUCUUUCGCUGCAAUGUGGAGCCGAGCGACGAUAUUUCCAAGUUGCUUGAGCAGCUACAACUUAACAUCCCCAAUGCCGACUUGUCGACUAUCACGCUAGGUAAUCAGCCAAGAGGCGGGCCUGAGAUGAAGGCGACAGAGAUCGUAGGGAAUAGCAUCGGGGAUCUAGGGCUCAAACAUGGGCAUCUUCUGUACGCCAACUACACAGACAAAGUCGGCGCAGAAGAACCAGAAGCGCAACCCUCGGCUGCGUCUUCUUCCUCCACGAGAAAAUCUGCGGGUGGGAGCACCCCUGCUGCCACGGCAGGCCCGAAAAAGCCGUGGGAGCUGGCUGAGGAGGAGCCGAUUGAUGCGUACUGGGCUUCGCGCGAUGGCAAAAUUCCGCGCCAGCGAGAUACCAAGUUCUGCCGACAUGGCGUGCAGGGGAUGUGCGACUAUUGCAUGCCACUAGAACCAUACGACGCGCGAUACCAGACGGAAAAGAACAUCAAGCAUCUUUCAUAUCAUGCUCAUCUGCGCAAGCUCAAUGCUGGCUCAAACAAAGGCCAAGGUACGAGUUGGAUUCCGCCGCUGGAAGAGGCCGACUACACGGUCAAGGUACCGUGUCCAUCUGGUCAGCAUCCUGAAUGGCCCGCAGGAAUCUGCACAAAGUGCCAGCCAUCCGCCAUCACUUUGCAGCGGCAGACAUAUCGCAUGGUUGACCACGUAGAGUUCAGCCAGCCUGAUUUGAUCGAGAACCUGCUCAAGUUUUGGCGCAGCACUGCGUCGCAGCGCUUUGGCUUUUUGCUCGGCAGAUACGAGCCGUAUGCGGACGUGCCUAUGGGUAUCAAGGCUGUUGUCGAGGCGAUCCAUGAGCCGCCGCAGGAGGGCGAGCUGGACGGCGUCACGAUCGGCGUGCCAUGGGAGGACCAGCCGCGCAUCGAUGCGUUAGCCAAGCAGUGCGGGUUGCAGUUUGUCGGUAUGAUCUACAGCGAUCUCACGGCCGACACAAAGGCCGAUGAAAAGGACAGCAGCAAGGUGACUUCGACGGGAAAGGUCCUCUGCAAGCGACACAAGGACAGCUUCUUUCUCUCUGGCAACGAGGUGCUCUUUGCUGGCGCACUGCAGAAUGCCAAUUCAACGUCUUCACGCAUGUCCGCGAGCGGGCGGUACAACUCGCGCUUUGUCACGUGCGUCCUGACGGGCAACCUGGAAGGGGAGGUCGGCGUCGAGGCAUAUCAGGUCAGUGAACAGGCAAUGAGCAUGGUGAAGGCCGACAUGAUCGAGGCCAGUGUCAGUCCGAGCAUCAUCCGUAUCAAACCGAGCGACUCGAAGCGAUAUGUGCCGGAGGUCUUUUUCAGGUACAAGAACGAGUAUGGGCUGGAUGUCAAGGAGAGCGCAAAGCCCACCUUCCCGGUCGAAUAUCUCAUCGUCAACGUGACAAACGGCUUCCCAACGAGCGCCUCGCCGCGCUUCCUGUCAAGCAAGUUCCCCAUCGAGAACCGACAGGGCUUGACGGACCAAGGCGCGCAAAACUUCUUCCAUGAAUUGACGCGCAUCCUCGGUGGCAAGGAGCUCCUUCCGCUCGGCUCCUCGGGCGGUGGCGACUCUGGCAAGGGCAAAGGCAAAGCCCGCGAUGCGAUGGGCGGUGAGACGAUGGAUGUGCGCAAAGAGCUGACGAGGUACCUGAGCGACUGGCACCUGCUCAGCUUUGUGCAGACGCUAGACCUGCUGGGCGGUGAGGAUAUCGCUGCGCUAUGCAAGCUCGCAACUUCCCACGACGAGCAAGGCGCGCUGGACGAGCUCAUCACCAAGCCUGGAUGGCAGACCCUCGUCACCGUCGCGAAAGAAAGUGCGCCGGCUGCAGAGAGUACGGCAGAUGCAAGGGGCGGCACAGGAGGCGGAUUUGGAGGCUCAUUUGGGGAGGCUCUCGAUGAUGAGCUGACCGCAGAGGAGAUUGCCGCAAUUAUCGCGAGCACAGAGGGUGAUUUUGGUGGCGGUGGCGGAGGAGCGAGUGCAAAGGCCGAUCUAUUAGAUAAUGAGGCUGCCGUGUCUCCGACAAUCUCCGACUUUCAAUCAGCGCCCACGAGCCGAAGGUCUUCGAAUCAUGCACAGCCACAGGCACCGCCGCUCGGCUCGACCACAUACGCAGCUCGCAGCUCCUCUGCGGCGCAUCCCGUUGGUGCAAGACCGCGGCGCGCAGGCGAUCUUUUCGAGUUUACCGGCGAGGAGGAUGACCCGAUCGAAAUCGGCGAUGACGAAGACGAUGAUGACUUUCAAGACGUUGCAUCGGAGGAGGAGGACAACGAAGAUGUCACCAUGACCUCCGCGCCGCCUGCGAGUAGCAGGGGUGCCAGGGCCGCACCAGCAGCAGCUGCUGCGACAAGGCACGAGGUGAUGGACCUGACGGACACGGAAGAGGGUGACGAGGGUGACCAGCGAGCCUGUCCCACGUGCACGGUUCUCAACCGUGCCACUGCUAUCGAGUGUCAUUUGUGCGGUUUACCCAUGAGCCUCAGCUAGCUCGCAAGCGGGCUUCCUUGUAUCUCUUUGCUUGGGCAUGCGCCUUGCAAUACAAU